AGCAGCGUGGCUGGCCGCGAGUACCCCACUCCGGCCGGGCUCCGCGGCGAUCGGGAGCCGCGGGAGGCUCCUCCUCCGCCCCGGCCCCGCAAACAGCACAGCCGUGCAGGCGCUGGGACCCCUCCGAGGGCUGCCGCUGUCAGACGCCACGGCCUCAGGCGUGCGGUGUAAGGAAAUGCUAGAUCUAGUGAUAUCACCCAGCCUGACUGUGCAGAGAGAGUGCCCUGACAGACCGAAGCUUAACCUUUCUGACACGUAUGCCACAGCUCCAGAUGGCAUAGAAGGUAGGUCAAAGCAAGUUUUUCAUAGGGAGCUGGAAGGUGAGCCAGGCAGCAGCAAAGCAACACCACAGUGUCCUCUGCAUCUGUACUCCACAAAGCAUUAUUCCCACAUAGUGGCAGUCCCAUCCUUCCCAGCAAUGGCAACAUAUGGACAGGCUCAGUACAGCACAGGGAUCCAGCAGGCUGCUGCGUACACUGCCUACCCUCCUCCAGGGCAGCCCUACGGCAUCCCCUCCUACAGCAUCAAAACGGAGGACAGCCUGAGCCACUCCCCAGGGCAGAGUGGGUUUCUCAGCUACGGAUCCAGCUUCGGCACCCCAGCAGCCGGGCAGGCAGCCUACACAUACCAGAUGCACAGCACAACAGGGAUUUACCAGGGAGCCAACGGCCUGACAAAUUCUGCAGGAUUUAGUGCUGUGCACCAGGACUACUCCUCGUACCCAAGCUUUCCUCAGAGCCAGUACUCACAGUAUUACAGCUCCUCCUACAACUCCCCGUACGUGUCUGCAAACAGCAUCAGCCCUUCAGCCGUCCCAACCUCCACCUACUCUCUGCAGGAGCCUUCUCACAAUAUCAGCAGUCAGAGCACAGAAUCACUCUCUGCAGGGGAAUAUUCCACAACACCGGCAAAAGACAUCGAGACAGACAGACAGCACAGGGGGACAGACGGCAAGGUCCGAGCCCGCUCCAAGAGAAGCAACGACCCUUCCCCUGCUGCUGACAGCGAGAUUGAGCGCGUGUUCGUGUGGGAUCUGGAUGAGACCAUCAUUAUCUUCCACUCCUUGCUCACAGGAACCUUUGCCUCCAGAUAUGGGAAGGACACCACAGCGUCCGUGCGGAUAGGGCUGAUGAUGGAGGAGAUGAUCUUCAACCUCGCAGACACACAUCUGUUCUUUAAUGACCUGGAGGACUGUGACCAGAUCCACAUAGAUGAUGUAUCCUCAGAUGAUAAUGGUCAAGAUCUAAGCACCUACAACUUCUCUGCGGAUGGCUUCCACAGCUCCAGUGCCAGUGCCAACCUGUGCCUGGGCUCGGGCGUGCACGGCGGCGUGGACUGGAUGCGGAAGCUGGCGUUCCGCUACCGGCGCGUCAAGGAGCUCUACAACACCUACCGCAACAACGUGGGGGGUUUGAUAGGAGCUCCUAAGAGGGAGGCCUGGCUGCAGCUGAGGGCAGAGCUGGAAGCACUGACUGACCUCUGGCUCACUCACGCUCUGAAGGCGCUCAACUUGAUACACUCCCGGCCUAACUGUGUGAAUGUGUUGGUCACAACUACUCAGCUUAUACCAGCUCUGGCCAAAGUGCUUCUCUAUGGACUGGGCACUGUCUUCCCCAUCGAGAACAUUUACAGUGCAACAAAAACAGGGAAGGAGAGCUGCUUCGAGAGGAUAAUGCAGAGGUUUGGGAGGAAAGCUGUGUACGUCGUAAUAGGAGAUGGUGUUGAAGAGGAGCAGGGAGCAAAGAAGGAGAACCCUGGCAGUGGAAUCCUUGCAGAACUUGCAGCCAAAGACCUUUGCACCAAGUCGUCCUUCCCUGGGACAGAGGAGAAGCCUUCAGCCCAGUCGCUGCCGAAGCUGGAGGCAGAGAGCUGUAGCUGCCCUUUUGCCAUCAAGGACAGACACUGAAGUCUUGGGACUGCUUGGCAGCUUUCUUGCUUUUGAAGGGGGAGGAGGACAGAGUAAGGAGUCUCUGCACACCCCGUGGGACCUUCUGGGAAGGAGUGGAACUGUUGAUCUUCUUAGGGUUUUUGUAUUUGUUUAAUUUAUGAACUAAUCUCAUUAUUCUGGUAUUAAGCUCUACCUGUGUUUUUAAUCUGGCUUCUGGGGGGCGGGGUGGGGGUAGUCUUAUCAUUCUAAAUUAAUGGCUGAUUUCUCCAGCACAAGCCCCGGGGAGGAUGAUGGUGUGUACAGUGCUGCCAGUGGUGCUGCUGGGAAGGGCUCCAGCUGUGCCGUGCCAUCUCACACGGGCGGCAUGUGGACUGUGCAUGUGCCUUAUGCUGCAUCUGGGCUCCGGGGGCGGGGAACAAGUACCCUGUGACGAGUGAAAGGCAUUAAAUAAAAACGUGUUUACA